AUGGUCUGUCCAAAAAAUUAUUCCAUUUAUCGUAAAGACCGAGUACGAAUUGGCGGUGGUGUAGCUAUAUACUGCAGAAAUGACGUUAAAUCCGCCAUAGUAAGUAUUACUCAAACUGACAAAGAUAUUGACAUCAUUUGUGUUGAUUUAAUUUUUGGGUCUAGUAAACUCCGCUUAAUUACUUGUUACCGUCCACCGUCCUAUUCUCUUGAUGAUUAUAUCUAUCUUGAAUCAAUGAUCUCGAUAAUUAGCAAUCUCUGUGAAUCUGUUCCUCAAUUUGUCAUUGUCGGAGAUUUCAACUUACCGAAAAUUGAUUGGGUUAACUAUGUUUCGCCAAUUGAGAAAUGUCAUAUUCUUUUUUUAACUUUGGUAAAUAAUCUUGGUAUGUACCAAUAUGUACUGGAGCCCACUCGAGAAAAUAAUAUUCUUGAUCUUCCCGAAACAAACUCUGAAUCUUUUUACGACUUCAAAAAUACAGAUAUAAUUGCUUUUAAUUCUUAUUUAUCAAAAAUAAGUUGGGACUUCGAUUUUUCUUUUGUUUUUACAACUGAAGAGUAUUGGAACAUCUUUUCUAAUCAUCUUCGUAAAGGUAUUGAUCGUUUUGUUCCAAUCAGAACAAUAUACCAUAACAAAAAAAGUCGUUCUUAUCCAAAAUAUAUUUAUAAAAUGCUAAUUCGCAAAUCUUUUCUAUGGAAAAGAUGGUCAAUCACAAAGACCACCUUGCACAAAAAGGCAUUUAUCCAAUAUGCAUCAAAAUGUAAAAAAGCCAUAUCCACACACCACAAAAAUGUGGAACUAAAACUGGUUAAAGAAAAUAACUUAAAUGACGGAAUUUUGCCUAAAAUAAAUACCUUUGUUAGUGAACAUAUUAAGAUGAAUCCAACGUUAUUCUUGUUAUUUAUUAAUGAUCUACCCUCUAUAGUAAAAGAUCUUAAUUGCUCUCUAAUGUUAUAUGCUGACGAUAUCAAGUUAUAUUGUUCAUUUAAGGAUGCCGAUUACAGUCACGAUCUUGCUGUAGCCAUUUAUAAAGUUUAUCUCUGGUCAAAAAAAUGGCAAUUAAAAAUAGCCAAUAAUAAGUGCUUUACUCAUAGAAUAGCACCUACUUCAUUUUGUAAAGAUAUAAAUUACAACUAUCAAUUAGGCGAUCAUAAUUUAACUUGGUCUACAAACCUAAAAGAUCUUGGUGUGACCAUGGAUUCUUAUUUGAAUUACAGUAAUCAUAUUUCAAAUAUCGUCCGUGUAUCAAACAUUCGAGGAUAUCUAAUCCUUAAUUGUUUUAAAAGUCGUGAUCCACGUGUUAUCGUUAAAGCCUACACUACUUAUAUAAGACCGAUCUUAGAAUAUUGCUCUCCGGUUUGGUCGCCAAAUCGCACUAAAAUGAACAAUACAGUGGAAAGAGUGCAAAGACGUUUUACCAAGAGAAUUUCUAACCUAAAUAAUGUUUCAUAUUCAAGUAGACUUAGUAUUCUUGGUUUGGAACUACUAGAAAUUCAACGCCUUAAGCAAGACAUGAUUACAUGUUACGAAAUUCUGAAAAACUUAGUUUGCCUAAAUAAAUCAAGAGAAGAUUUGCGUAAAAAUUGUUAA